UCCUCUGCUUUUGGGGGUUCUCAGCUGUGGCCAUGGCCUACUCUCAGCUUCUGUUUUUGGUUAUCUGUUUUAACAUUCUCCACUAUGGAUAUUGCCAUCCCUUCCGCACCAAGAAAGCAGUUCCAGCUCGACAGAGAGAUACAGCAACAGAAGAAUACGACGUUAGGACGCAGAUUGACAAGCUAUGGCAGGAAGUCAACUCCUUGAAAGAGAUGCAGGCACUGCAAACAGUUUGCCUGCGUGGCAUCAAAGCCCACAAGAAAUGUUACCUGGUUUCUGAGCAGCCCAAGCACUACCAUGAGGCCAAUGAAGAAUGCAUCGCUCAGGGAGGCACCCUGGCCAUACCCCGAGACAUGAACGAAAACGAUGAUCUCAGAGACUAUGCCAAACGCAGCUCAUCUGGAUCCAAAGACUUCUGGAUAGGUAUAACAGACAUAGUGAAGGAAGGGCAGUAUGUGGACGUGAAUAGCCUGCCAAUCACUUUCUUCCACUGGGAUCACUCUAAGAAAGAACCCACUGGAGGGAAGAGAGAGAGUUGUGUUGUGCUCUCUCUGGCAGCACAGGGAAAAUGGCAUGAUGAGGUCUGUCGCAGCCAGAAGAAAUACAUUUGUGAAUACCUGAUUCCAUGAUGGCGUCACACAUGCCAUAAAGAUGGUUGUUAAAAAUAUAAACAGUCUGUCUUUGAAGCUGGUCAUUAAAUAUUAAACAGUCA